AUGUUUUGCAGGCCGGGCAGCCAAAGGGACGAGACCCGGGUGGACGCCGUGUGCACGUACAGGAAGGAGCCCUCGGCUCCACCUUUGGACAGGGUGGGCCUGUACCACCAAGUGAGCAACAAGACCAGAGGCAUCACCCAGCUGGGCCCCUACAGCCUGCACAAGGACAGCCUCUACGUCAACGGCUACAACGAGCAGCCAGUCCUGCCCACUCCCCCCCACCCAGCACCGACAGCUGCCGCCCUCGAGCCUUUCACCGUCAACUUCACCAUCACCAACCUCCCCUACAAUUCCGACCUGGAGAAUCCAGACUCGGCAAGGUUCAAGUCUGCACAACGAGUCAUGAACACCUUGCUCGACCGCCUGCUGAAGGAAACCAGCAUUGGCCCUGAUUUCCAGGGAUGUGAAACAAGAGCCUUCAGGCCGGGCAGCCAAAGGGACGAGACCCGGGUGGACGCCGUGUGCACGUACAGGAAGGAGCCCUCGGCUCCACCUUUGGACAGGGUGGGCCUGUACCACCAAGUGAGCAACAAGACCAGAGGCAUCACCCAGCUGGGCCCCUACAGCCUGCACAAGGACAGCCUCUACGUCAACGGCUACAACGAGCAGCCAGUCCUGCCCACUCCCCCCCACCCAGCACCGACAGCUGCCGCCCUCGAGCCUUUCACCGUCAACUUCACCAUCACCAACCUCCCCUACAAUUCCGACCUGGAGAAUCCAGACUCGGCAAGGUUCAAGUCUGCACAACGAGUCAUGAACACCUUGCUCGACCGCCUGCUGAAGGAAACCAGCAUUGGCCCCGAUUUCCAGGGAUGUGAAACAAGAGCCUUCAGGCCGGGCAGCCAAAGGGACGAGACCCGGGUGGACGCCGUGUGCACGUACAGGAAGGAGCCCUCGGCUCCACCUUUGGACAGGGUGGGCCUGUACCACCAAGUGAGCAACAAGACCAGAGGCAUCACCCAGCUGGGCCCCUACAGCCUGCACAAGGACAGCCUCUACAUCAACGGUUACAAUGAGCUGCAGCCUGAGCUAUUUGCUGCUCAAAAUGCACAACCACCUCUGCCACCAGCAGUGAGGAACUUCACUUUGAAUGUCACUAUAACCAACCUCCCGUUCACUGCAGAUAUGGCAACACCAAAUUCCAGGAAAUUCAAGUCAACAGAAAAAGUCAUGUCCUAUUAUGUUGACCCUUUACUCCAAAGAAGCAGCAUUGGCCCUGCUUAUAUUGGGUGCAAAGUAAUGGCAUUCAGGUCAAAUAAGAACAGGGAUGACACAGCAGUAGAUGCCAUGUGCAGCUGUAGAGAUGAGCCUUCAGGUCCCAAAUUCAACAGAGAAACCAUUUACCAUGAGCUGAGCAACAUGACAAAUGGCAUCACCAAGCUGGGACACUUCAGCCUUAACAGCCAGAGCCUCUACAUUGAUGAUUACAAUGAACCACACAGUCCGUCAUUGGUGAAACCAACCCCCCCACAAAGUCCAGGACCAACAACAGAGCACUUCACCCUCAACUUCACCAUAACCAACCUCAUGUUCACGAGAGACCUGGAGACACCAAACUCUGCCAAAUUCCGUUCCACUGAGAGGAUAAUGCGACACUACAUUGACCCCCUGCUUCAGAGGAGCAGCAUUGGUCCCUAUUUCUCUGGCUGCAAAGUAACAGGAUUCAGGGCAAUGAAGAAGAGGGAUAGCACAGGAGUAGACACCACCUGCAGCUACAGCUCCCAAGUGCCCAAGUUUAACCCAGCUGAGGUUUACCGAGAACUGAGGAACAUGACAAGCGGCAUCACCAAGUUAGGAAUCUACAACCUGGACAGCAAGAGCCUCUAUAUCAAUGGUUACAACGAACCACUUCAGAGAUCAGCUCCAAGCACAACUACUGCAUCAGGACCAACAACCAGAAAGUUCACCCUUAACUUCACCCUGACCAACCUCCCGUACACCCCAGACCUGGAUGUCCCAACUUCCCGCAAAUUCAUUUCCACAGUGAAUGUUCUCAACCACUAUAUUGACCCUCUGUUCAAAAGAAGCAGCGUAAGCUCUGCCUACACAGGAUGUAAAACUAUGAGGUUCAGGUCUGGGAGACACAGGGAUGACACAGGAGUAGAUGCCAUCUGCAGCUACCAGGACAGUGCCAGCCUGGCCAGGUUUGACAGGGAACAGGUUUAUUGGGAGCUGAGCACCAUGACAGAGGGUGUCACCAAACUGGGGCACUACAGCCUGGACCAGAACAGUCUGUAUGUCAAUGGUUUUCCCCUCACAGAAACAGCUACCACCAGAAAGCCAGUCUUUGUUGUAGCUCCAGCCAAACAGGGCUACAGACUGAGCUUUAGAAUAGUCAAUGAAAAUCUAACCAACCCAGACUCUCAGUCUCCAGAGUACAAAGCAGCAGUGGAAAGCAUCACUAACAAGAUGAAUCAGCUGUACCGGCAGAGCGACCUGCGGGACCAGUUCCUGGGCUGCAACAUCACCCGCCUGAGGGCUGGAUCCAUAGUGGUCGACUGCCAGUGUUUCUUCCACCCUGAACCCAACAUCAACAGGGUCGUGGUUGAAAGGACCUUCCAGGACGGGACUUCCAAUGAAACUGGGCUGUGGCUGGGGAGCAGCUACAGGCUGCAGGAAUUCUCAGUGGACACCUUGGAAUUAGCAAUUGAGGCAGCAACUUACAAAACACCCCUCAAAUCUGGGAAAGAAAACUUUGGCUUGAAUUUCCAGAUCUCCAGCCUGCCCUUCUCGCCACAGCUGCAGGACCCCAGGUCACACGUGUACCGAGUGAACAAAGAGAACAUCGAGAAAGAGCUCGAUGUGUUCAGGACCGGCCGCCUGAAGGAGCACUUUGCCGGUUGUACCGUGGAGAGUUUUGGGCCUGUCCAUGGGAGAGGAUACACAGAAGUCUUCUCCAUCUGCAAGUUCACCCUGGAUCCCCUCUCAGGGUCUUUACAAAAGCAAGAGGUGUUUGAGGAGCUGAAACAACUGACCCAGGGGUUCACCAAGCUGGGCCCCAGCUACGAGCUGGAGGAGCAGAGUCUGGUUGUUGAAGGUUAUUCUCCACUCAAGACAAAUGAACCAGAGUCUGAAAGAUCUGAGCUUCAGUUCUGGGCCAUCAUCCUCAUCUGUGUUUUCACCCUGCUUGGCUUCAUCCUCCUCCUCUUCUUAUGCUUCCUGGUCAUCUCUUGCCUGAGAAGAAAGUCCCACUUAUACCAGGUCCAGCAAGGCUUGUAUGGGUUGUACUUCCCACACCUGAGCACAGGAAAAGUGCAUUGACAGAUGAAGUUGGGUCCUCACAGACCUGUUUGUCCACUGAUGAAGGAAGAAUAUUUAUAAAUACUAGAAAAAUGUUUCUUUAAUAAAUUAUUUUCAGCAUUUUCUCUCAUCUUGAGACGAAUCUUUGCACUAUUGCCAGAAUUAUUUUCAUACUACAGGAAACUGCCAAUAAUGUAGAUGCUGAGGAAAGUGGUUUUUUUUAAAGCACUGCAGUAUUUUAAAGUAUUGCACAAUCAACAGAGAAUAAAGACCACGAAAAGGUAAAAUUCUGCUCUACAGAGCUGCAGUUUGCAAGGCCCUUCAGUGUUAACGUCAGUUUUCUGAAAAAGGCUUAAAAUUAUACUAAUUUGUAGAUUUUUGGGGACUGACUGUUGUAGCCUUAGAAAUUUC